AUGGAAUCUCCAAUCUCUCUUACUUCUUCAAUUGAUCAUGAAGAGAAUAAUAAUGAUAAUGGUUUUAAUAUCAGAAAAGAUGCCAAACCCUUCCUUCCAUUGUUGAAUACAAGUGUUUCGUUGCAAAUCCCCGAAAUCCAUUCAGCGUCAAUCACGCUCACAUCUCCGAGUACACCAAAAGAAAUUUCUAGAACAGGAGGAGAAAGGAACGUCCGAGAAAGACCUUCUCCAAGGAGAGCUUUUUCAUUUGUUUGGAAAAAUCAUUCUCUCAACAAUUCAACAGCCUCAAACGAAUCGUCACCCUCUUCGCUAAGUCAUACUCCUCAAAAACCAAAUGAUAGUCAGCUGUUUGAUGAUAGAGAAAUUAAAAAAGUUAUUACCAUGUCACUUCAACUCACGGAAGAAGUAAAACGACUAAAAACAAGCUUGUCAGGCAGAGAAUUGCAGAAUCAAAUAUUGGAGAAGGAGAACCAAUUUUUACAUGAUGAACUAGCAGCCUUUAAAGAAAAAGUUUCUGCCUUAGAAUCUAAAAGUAACAAACUCAAAUAUCAAAGAGAUCGGUAUCACGGUCAGCUCAGCUCUCUUUCAGAAAAAUAUGAGGCUAUAAAAAUCAGAGCUUCUUCGCUGCAAGCCUCCAUUAUUGGAGAUAAGGAGUAUGUUUCUGAUGAGGAAGAAAAUUCGUCGGGUAAUACAUCAGCUGAGAGCUCAAUCACCGAAGAAGACUCGGGUAUCAAGCCUCCAUACUCGAAUAACAAUGCUAAGCCUAAAGAAAAAGGAUGGAUCACAACAGCAGAGCUCAAAAAUAAUUAUCAUAGCGUGUGUGACAAAGUUGAUGAGCUGAGUGUCAAGUUGGAAAGAAGUGAAAAAUCUCUAAAAGAAAGUCUGCAACAAAACAAAUUGUUGGAAAUUCAGUUGGAAAAUGCACGAGCAAAUGAAAAAGCACUGCUUCACAAGUUUGAGCAAAUGGAGCAGCUAUACUUUGAAUCUUGUGAAAAAUUGGAGGCUGUUAAAUCAUCGAAAAAGGACUCGAUAUCUUUUCGCCUUGAUGAUACGAAUCAUACUACAGAAAAUGAAACAAUUCACAAUUCGUCUUCAGAGGAUGUCAUAUCUACGCAUGAAGAUGAGAAUGAAAAUACCGAUUGGCCCUCUGUGGAUGCCCUCUCAGACCAUAUCGGUCUUAUGUCUACUGAAAUAUUUGAAGGAGAAGAGCAAAGUGUUUUUCUUGAAAAGGAAAACCAAAGAUUAAGGGCACAAAUUGAAGAGCUACAACGAAUUCUAGAUCAUACACGGGACGAUCUUCAAUUAUUGAGGAUACAAUCUACGCUGUCAUCACCGAGAACCCCUAGGCUGUCAACACCAAGAGAAUUUGAAAGACCCUCCUCAGAUCGAUCAAACCAAAGUGAGAGUGUGGAUUCAAAAAUUAUGGACGAAUGGACCAAGUUAUUAGCUGAUAAAUUUGACCAUAAUCUUCAAAUACUCAAGGAGCAGGUAGUGAAAUAUGAAAAGAGAGCACAUGCUAUGAAUUCUUCGCACGAUCGCUCAUAUGAGUCCUCCAGUUCAUUGCUUGAAGAUUAUUUUAGGUUGACACUACUUUCUGUAAAAAUUCUGUUAUCUAAGGAACCUCGAUAUCAAAAUACAGUAUGGUACAAAAUAUGGUGUGAUAUUGAUAGUGAAGAGAUUUACUCUUACAUGCUUUCCAAUGAAAUUCCCAUUGAAGAAUGGUGGCUUUUUCUGUUCACAACUGUACAAACACGAUUGGAACAUGCCAAGUUGGAAUAUGAGGAAGAAGAAGAGAGGGAUAGUGAAAAGUAA